UAGUAAUUCAUGUGCAUUUGUUUUUAUUUGAAUAAAUUUUUGAUAAAUGUUUUUGUUAUUUUCUUCCUUGAAUCUUCUCCUACGUACGCAUUCACAAACUAUAUCCUAAAACUAAAUCAGAUCUUUAUAUUUAUUUAAUUAAUAUAAAAAAAACCAUCCCUGAAAAGUGAAAACCCCUAAACCAACGAUUUAGUUAUUUAAUUUCCUAAAUAAAACAAAAUAAAAUACAAAUUCGUCGUCGCUCACUAGUCACACUACUAUAUAUAUCUGAAGAACUCAUGUGAGCUCAAAAAACCUUCACUGUCUCUCAAAAACAGAGAGUCUCUCCAAGAAAGUUUCUUCCUUUUCUUUCUCGAAUCUUCCAUGGAUCCCAAAGAAAUCCACCAACAGCAACAGCAGCAGAAUCGCAACGCCGCCGCCGCGUAUGCUGGUCCCACCUCCACUUCUCAGGCCAUGCACCACGGUUUAUCCGACGGGGCUCUCUCUCUGCGCGAGCCUCAACCUCAACAAGCGGUCAUGCUCGACGGAUCGCCUUACUCCGUCUCCAUCGUGGCCGAACGACGCUGGAGGCAACUCGGAAUCGAGCAACGAGACGCUCCUGAUGUCGGCGGAGGCGCAAAUGCUGGCCCACCUGCUAAACGCAAAGGUCGUCCUCUUGGCUCCCGUGAUAAGCAGCCGCGCAAAGCUUCAGGAGGAGGAGGAGGAGGACCGCUUACAGCUCAUGUCAUUGACGUCAAUUCUGGAGAGGACAUAGCUAUCAAGUUAGUGGAGUUUAUGAAUCAAGAACCACGCGAAGUCUGUAUUCUCUCAGCUUCAGGAGUUGUAUCUAUUGCAGUGCUUCAAUCUGACAGUCCUCUUGGAUUUGUUAAGUAUGAGGGCCUAUAUGUUAUCACUGAUAUGUCAGGUACUUUCUGGAAUACUGAGAGUGAUGAUGGUGCUACUGUGACCAGAACUGGUAACUUGAGAGUGACUCUAGCUGGUCCUGAUUGCAAGGUUGUGUGGGGUUGUGUUGGUGGAAUGCUUGUAGCCGGUUCACAAGUCCAGGUCAUUGUUGGAACCUUUAUACGAGAGGGAGUGAAACUGAGCGCAGCUUCAGCACCAGCCAAUGCGUUGAGCUUAACUGGUGGUAGUGGACCAGGAUUACCUCAGUCUCAGGGACCAAGCGAGUCAUCAGAGGAAAAUGCUAGUAAAUCUCUUGGAAACUCUACGCCACAACCACCUCACCAUCUUCCCCUCUGGCCUGGCAACAAUCCUCAAUAAGCAAAAUGGUUCUCACCAAGGGGUUGACUUCUUUGUUCCAUCAGAAUUGUCCAUAAGUGGAUUGAUCUUUCUUACUCUCUUGUCUUCUUCUUGUUCAUACUUCUCUUCGAUGUAGCUUUUUGUUUUAGAAAAAUAGAAAGAGAGAGAGAGAUGUUAAAGUAGGGUUGAGUUCAUACGUUUAGUUUGUUACUUAGUUUCUUUUGAUUGUGAUGAUUCUGUAAUCAACGAAUGAUCCGGUUUAGUUUCCAAGUAGGUUUCAGUUCAUUUUAUAAAAAAGAAAAUAUUUCUCAUAAUGUACAUCUUCUCUUGUCUUCAAUAAAAAAAUUGGUCAAUACAAAACAAAAAAACUAACUGUAGUUUUCAUAAUAUGUCUGACUUUUACUUAUCAAAGAAAACUUAUCUAAAUUUGUAUCGCUUAAUCAAAAGACUGGAUUACAUCAAGUGAUUAUUUUUUUAAAAGAAUGUUUGUCUUAAAGAAUAAGCUACUACUAUAAUGAGUUAAUCAAAUAACUAGCUAUUAGCUCUCGAUUCCCUUGCAAACGAAUAGUACUUAACCUGAUCCGGAUUAUUCUGUCAUGAUUGUUGAUGAUAAUAUGUUAGUGAUAUUGUUAAAAGUGUAAACCUUCAUGUGUCAUCUAAAAGUAAGUAAUUGUUUUCUUAGCUAUUUACUAGUGAAUGGAUUUCUUGAUAUUGGCUAUUAUUUUUCAUACACGAUUUGUACUUGCAAAUUGUUUGACAAGCAAUGUUUUUCCUUGUGAUAUGACGAGGACGGUUUUGAUGAAGUGUUUCCUCUCGGGAAUGACUGAUCUUUAGUUAGGAUUGAUCACAAUAUUGGCCUUUAGAAGGAAUCACAAUACGAAUUCUCUGAUUUGUUUUGGUUGGUUAUGAGAUUUUGUUGCAAUCAAUUGUUAGAUUCGGGUUUAAUCACGGGUUUCCAACUUAAAACCAACUAGAUCCUGAAUUUUCAGUUUUUAAUUAUUUAUU